UAUUGGGAGGCUUUGUGUUGCUGUUUAGCUUCUAGCCUUCUACCACCUGUACAGAUGUCGGAUUCUGAAGUAGAGGAAAAGAUCUUCAGCUUGUUCAAAGAAUUUAUGAUGGGGAUUGCUAAGUUUGAGGAACUAGUGCCGAUGGGAGGCACAUUUCUCAAUGGCUUUCAGCAUGCACUGGAGUUUCUUCAACGGCCACCGAUAGAUAAAUCAUCUGAGUUGGUUAAAAAUAUAAUCCAAUCCAACGAAACAAAGAGGGUUAAAUCAUACAUUGAAGCUGGAUGUAUCAACACUGAUGAUGGCAAGCACAAUAUAACCAAGUUGCAAUCAUGCCAACUUGGACUUCAUGACCAUAUAUGUAAAGGAAAAGGUAUACUUAACGAACUGGAAUGCCUACUAGAAGAUGUAAGGGGUGCAAUGCAAGAUAUAUCUUUGUUCCAGGAUGACGAUUUGGGUGAAAGGCUGAAUGAACAAGCAACUAUCAAUGACAAGGAGGAAAUUGCCAUGCCCUAUCCCAGAAAAAAUGAAGUUUCUGAUUAUGCUGUCCUGAUGGCAGUCAUUUAUAGUAUGAUCAAGCAAGAAUAUAUGAUGCAGGAAAGAGUUGUUUCUGCUUUAAGUCUUAAGUUAUCUUCAGGAGAACUAGAGAGCUACUGCCUUAUGUGGUCUUUGCGUCCUUACAUAGACGAAGAGAUUAUUGGUCGUGCUUGGAAACUUGUACACUGAAAUGCGGAAUUUGAGUAGCAAUGUUAACUUUUACUAGAGGUUCUUACUGUAAUCUCAUGAUUUGUCAAAGUUAUUUGUAGCUGAAAGAUUCUUGUAGAAUAACCAAACAAAUAUCAGAGAGUAAUAAUUAGAUAUUUAUUCUUUAAA